AUGCUCUUCCUCAAGUCUAUCGUCUCUCUCGGAGCCCUCGUUGGCGUUGCUGUUGCCAGCCCCAUCGAGAGCCGCCAGUCUGCCACUCGCUGCGGCAGCACCAGCUACUCUGCUGCUCAGGUCAAGGCCGCUGCCAACGCCGCCUGCCAGUACUACCAGAAUGAUGACACCGCCGGUAGCUCGACUUACCCUCAUCAAUACAACAACCGAGAGGGCUUUGACUUUCCUGUGAACGGUCCCUACCAGGAGUUCCCUAUCCGAACCAGUGGUGUCUACACUGGAGGCUCUCCUGGUGCUGAUCGUGUCGUUAUCAACACCAACUGUCAAUUUGCCGGUGCCAUCACACACACUGGUGCCUCAGGAAACAACUUUGUCGGCUGCACGGGUACCAGCUAA